AUGCUCAAAGCUACGCGUCAUUAUACCAUCAGAGAUGCCUCGAGGCGGAUAAGAACAAAGUUCCCAAAAACUCAAGCUGCGAUUCCCCAUCAUCAACGAGAAGAAAAAAAUGAGCCCUCCACAUCCACAUCGUCCACAGUAUCCUCGUCCAAGACUUUGCUUGCUGCUACCGCACUGGCUGUGGUUUUAUCGACAAUGUCACCUGUGGGUAGUGCAAUUGCUGGCGAUGACGACGAUAAGAAAUUCGUGAGGAAUAUGCUUGGAGGUUGUACUCCAGACAAGUUAGAUUUGUUUAAAGAUGUCAGAGCAAAAUUUUCCAUGGAAGCUUCGACCGGCGCUUUGCCCGAAGCCAUUUUAGAUUUAGAUAAGUGCGACUACUCAAACAUUGAUUUGGACGCGAAAGUGCUGUCUGGAUUGAUCGCUCGGAAUGCUAAUUUCGAGAACUCACAGCUGACGCACACGGAAAUGUCGCGAACAGAUGCUCGCGGGUCGAAUUUCAAAGGCGUAAAUUUUAAAGAUACGAACGCGUACUCAACUCGUUUCGAUGGGAGUAAUAUGGAAAAUGCAAAUUUUGAAAACGUCAUCUUAUCCGGUGCGUCGUUUGGAAAGUACAACGGAGAGUGGGCGAAUAUGAAAGGUGCAAACUUCGAAGGCGCUUUGUUGUCGUCGUCGGACGCGCGAGAGUUGUGUAAGAACCCUACGCUGGAUCUCGAAGGACAAAUGAAUGUCGGCGGAUGCUAG